AACCAUCAAGAAGCUUUUUUUGUGAUUAGAGGGAUGGUCGAGAUUGAUUAUUCUGUAUACCUUGUCACGGGCAGGAACUUUCUCCCUCCUGGCAAGGAUUAUCUUGACUCUUUGGAAGAGUCGCUUCAAGGAGGUGUCACUGUUGUCCAAGUGCGAGAGAAAGAUGCAGACACGGGCGAGUUUAUCGAAAUCGCAAGGAAGAGCAAGGAAGUGUGCGACAAAUACAAUGUCCCACUCAUCAUCAACGACCGCGUCGACGUCGCUCUUGUCGUUGGUGCAGCAGGACUUCACAUUGGUCAAGACGACAUGGACAUUGCCCAAGCUAGGAAACUUUUGCCGCCUGGAACUAUUAUUGGUGUAAGCUGCAACAAGAUUGAGGAACUUGAGGCUGCUGUGAAGGCUGGUGCCGAUUAUGUGGGUAUCGGGACGGUUUGGCCUACUCAGACGAAGGAUGUGGCGCAUAGGAUUAUUGGCCCUAGAGGAAUCGGGGAGAGGCUAAAGGUGCUGGAUGGUACGGGUGUGAAGGCUGUUGCCAUUGGCGGGAUCAAGUCGACCAAUUUGUGGAGGACCUUACAUGGCGGCGUGACUACAACGGGAAGUGCACUGGACGGCGUUGCUGUUGUGAGUGAGAUUAUGGGAUCUCCUGAGCCUAAAUCUGCGGCCGAGAAGCUUUCAUCGAUCGUGAAGGCCUUCAAGAAAGAGCAUGCUCGAGUCACCGAGCUACGUGCUUCGCAGCGGCUCACGAAAGAGUCCAUCAUUGGCCAGGUGGCUGAGUUGGUAAAGAAGAUUCGGGAUGUGAACCCGUUGGUACAUCAGAUCACAAACCAUGUCGUCGCCACGCAAUCGGCUAAUGUCACGCUUGCCAUUGGGGCGAGCCCUAUCAUGGCGACAGAGCCAGCAGAGAUGGAAGAUCUGUCCAAGAUUGCCAACGCACUCCUCGUGAACAUCGGGACCAUGGUAUCUUCUGGAGUCGAAGGAGCGAGACUUGCUGGCGUCUGUGCUAACAAGUACAGGAAGCCGAUUGUAUUCGACCCCGUCGGUGUAGGAGCCAGUGCUUUCAGGAGAAACAACGCCAAUGGCUUCUUGAACCAAUGGCAAGCGAGUAUUAUCAAAGGCAAUGCGGGCGAGCUUGCUGCUUUGGCAGGAACUACUGAGGUUCUCUCGAAAGGCGUUGACAGCGUAGGAUCUGGAUUCAAGGACCCCGUCUCGUUUGUCCGCAACCUGGCACGCAAAGAACGAUGCGUAAUCGUAUUGACAGGACAUACCGACUACAUCUCCGAUGGGAACACUGUCGUCUCUUUGUCGAACGGACAUCCGGCCCUAGGACAAAUCACUGGAUCUGGGUGUAUCCUUGGAAGCUGCCUGGCUUCGUACUGUGCGACUGCCCUGCAGGGUAAAGAGGUGGAUCUUCAGGGACCCAUCGUCGAUGACACCUCAUUCGUCGCGGCUAUUGCAGGCACCCUCGUUCUUACUGUCGCCGCUGAGAUCGCAACCAAAAAAGACGAAUUCAAAGGUCCUGGAACCUUCUUGUCAGUGUUGAUCGACACGUUGUCCACGUUGAAGGCUGAGGACAUAGUAGAAAAUGCUAAGCUUACUAUCCACUGA